AUCAAACCUGUAAAGAAUAUUUGUAUAUAACCAUCCACUAACUUUGCUACCUCUCCUCUGUUUCUCCCCUGUUUUCACUCUGUUUCAAAACAGAGCAAAGAGACAAGGCACUACCAUCACCACCAUUAAGAAUGGAUCCACCACCAACACAGCCACCAGCAAUGCCACCACAUCCAUCCACCAUGGCUCCCACCACUGUCAUGGCUGCCACUGCCACAUCAAUUCAAACAAACAACCCUGACUCGGUUGAAUCCUCGCCGCGCUGUCGUAUCGGUGAAACAUGGAAUGAUGAGCUUAUUGUGCCGGUCCCAGGCGCCAAGCUCCGCCUCAUGUGCAGCUACGGUGGCCACAUCAUGCCACGCCCCCAUGAUAAGUCCCUCAGUUACAUAGGUGGUGACACUAGAAUUGUGGUGGUGGAUCGCAAUUCAACCCUAAAGGACCUCUGUUUGCGCCUUUCCCGCACUUUACUCAAUGGAAGACCCUUCACACUCAAGUACCAAUUACCAAACGAGGACCUUGACAACCUCAUCUCUGUCACCACUGAUGAAGACCUUGACAACAUGAUCGAAGAGUAUGAUCGUGUGGCUGCAGCAUCAGCAUCUACCCUGAAGGCUUCACCUUCAAGACUCAGGGUGUUCCUGUUCUUCUCCAAGCCAGAGACCACUGUUUCAAUGGGAUCACUCCUUGAUGAUGCGAAAUCUGAGACAUGGUUCGUGGAUGCGCUCAACAACUCGGGGAUGCUCACAAGGGGAGUGUCAGAUUCCGCAGCAGGAGAAACCAUUGUAAACCUUGAUGGUGUUGGCCCUGCUGUUUCAGCUAGUGGUUCAAGCAACAACUUGGAGGCUCAGGCUGCGGCAGUGGCAGAGUCUUUGGCUCUGACUGAUAAUAUCACUGGCAACAAUAACAACAAUAGCAACAAGGUGAAAAAUUUGCAGGAUGUUGUAGCUGUGAAUUCACUGCCUGGCUCACCUUCAUCAGCUUCUUCUCCUUCAAUGGCUAAUCUCCCACCCAUCCGGGUUCGUGUCGAUGAAAUUGGCGCAAGUGGUGUGAGGCGAGAUGAAGGGUUUGUUGUUGUUCCCUCUACUGUGGCUAUGCCUGCUGCAGUGCCUGCAACUAUGAGUUUGGCUGCAGCAGCAAUGGUUACUAGCAAUAGUAGUGAUAUCAUGAAUAGGCUUAUUAUCUCUGAGGAUGAGAGAUCAGAUCCUGGUGUUCCUCUUGGGUUUGGGAAGCCUCCUUUACCAUUGCAACUUGUGCAACCAAGGACUGGUGGUGGUGUGAGUUUACCUUCUCCAGAUUCAGUUGCAAGUGACAGUAGUAGCAUUGCAUCAACAAAUUCUUUCUCGAAGAAUGUGUACUAUCAAGAACAAGUCCAACCUUCACAUGUAGAUAACAAAGCUCCUACCAUAAGCAAUGCCAAGAUUGAAAUUAGAGAACAAAUUCAGGAUCCAAAUUACACAUUACCUCCACAAUUGGAUCAAAACCAGCAACUCCACCAGCAAUUUGUGCAAGCAAGCAGCCCCUACAUUCACCACCCUGCGGCCGCCACCAAUACAGUGCCAGUGUCAUCUUACUACCCAGUUUACGCACCGCCGCCACCGCUGCCAUCACAACCAACACUUCACCAGCAUCCAAUUCCCCAAACUCAACAACAGCAACAGUAUCAACCAGUUUAUGUUAUGCCUGUUGGACACACACAACAACCAUACAAUGUAACAUUGCAACACAACAUUGCUGAUCCUAACAUGGUAGCAUCAGGUAGACCACUAGUACCCCAGAGUAUUGCUGCUCCUGCAGUGUCAACAACAGCAUACAAAGAUGGCACAUUACCAAUUUACCCUCCUAGGCCAAAUACCCAACCACAAACUACUCAGGCAUUUAUUCAAAUACCUUCUAGUCACUUUCAGCAACAACCACAGUAUGUGGGUUUGACCCAAGUUCAGCACCAUCAACCACCACCACCACCACAGCACAUUGCUGUGGCUCCAUCUGGUAGUGGUGGAGGUGGUGGUGCUAAUUACGGCUAUGAAUAUGGUGGUGGCACUGUGCAAGAUCAAGCUGCAUACUACACACAACAGCAACAAGCUACUACAGCUCCAUUGACUUCUCAGUACCAAUCCAUGACUCCGGCGGCGGCAGCUGCGGCGCUAUCGGAUGUUUCGAAGCAAUUCCCCAAUGAAAGUCUUCAGCAGCCAAACAGAGCUACACAACCCGUAUAGAGAAAAAUGAACCAUUUCUGAAGGAAGCUUGUUGGGGGGGUUAAUUUGGUCUUUUUGCUUUCAUUUAUUAAUGAUGAAUGUAUGGCUAUUUCUUUUCUUGAGGGAAAAAAGAAUAAGUACCACAUAAUAGUGUCUUUCUUUUUUUAGGGUGUAAGGUGAAAAUUGGAUGAAAAUUUUUAUAAUGAAUUUCAUAGGGUUUACUCA